AUGGCUCUGUAUGAAGCUCUUUAUGGAAAGAAGCGUAGAUCACCACUUUACUGGGAUGAAGUUGGUGAGAGAAAAGUGUUAGGACCUGACACGGUCGCAAAGAUGAUUGAGAUUGUUCGAAAGAUAAGGCAGAGGAUCAAAGAAGCGCAAGAUAGACAGAAAUCUUACGCAGAUACCCGCCGCACAGAGUUACAUUUCGAGAUAGGAGAUAAAGUUUUCUUGAAGGUUUCACCCUCGAAAGGGAUAAAUAGAUUUGGGGUAAAAGGGAAGCUUAAACCCAGAUUUAUCGGCCCUUAUGAGAUCUUGGAAAAGAUAGGUCCAGUAGCAUAUAGGUUGGCUUCGCCGCCUAGCUUUGAAAAUGUGCAUAACGUGUUUCACGUAUCACAAUUGAGGAGAUAUGUUUUCGACCCAAAGCAUGUGGUCUACCAAGACGAAAUGGUCUUAGAACCAGACUUGAGUUAUGAAGAGAGUCCCGAGAUAAUUCUAAAUCGUAAGAUCCAACAAUUGAGAACCAAAUCAAUUGCAUUGUUGUUGGAUAACCGCGAGAAGAAGAAGCAAGCGAUGGCUGAGAAUUUUGAUCUUGAAGCUAUGUGGCGUAUUAUUGCAGAACUGCAGAGGCAGCUGAAUGAGCGAAGACAAAUUAAAGAGGCCAACAGACGUGCGCAGCCUCCUCCACCACCUUCACUACUCGAUUACAUGUACCAAUCUCAAGUUGGGCAAUUUGAUUGA